AUGACCUUGACAACAUAUGUCAAGGUCAAGGUCGUCGGAAGGUGGUCCCCUUUUGUAAAGGAAUUUAUCCCUCUAAUACAGGAACAAUUAUGUGAUUUUAUUUUUUCGGAAAGCAAUCAAUCGAGUGUGAAAAUAAUGCAGGAAUGGUUAUUGAUACGAAUUUUUACAAAAAAUGUUCAUUUGCAUGAUCAACUAUGGUUACUUUUUGCUAAGAGCAUAAAAGACCGACCGAGAUGUACCAUUUCUGUGGCAAGCAUUGUCUAUCAUGUCGCAAAACUUCUUUCACAUGAUAAUCAGAGAAUUUUCAUUCAAACAGCCCUGCCAUAUAUAGUGCAAUGUUGUUUAGGACAGCAGUUUAAUGCACGUAUUUGCAAUCAGUUCAUUUUGACACAAUUGUAUGAAUUAAUGAAAGCAACUUAUGGGGAUAACAGCAUACCAGAGUAUAGAGGUAUAUAUCAGGCGGCUGUGAUUGGUUUGCAACAAGAAAGUUUGAUAAAAAAUUCAUCUAGCAUACAGGAUGAUUUUUAUUUUUCACAUUUUCAUCCGUUCAAUGAUUACUGCUUACAGACGAUUUAUUAUCAAUUACCGCGUUUGACUAAUGUAAGUUGUGAUGAAUGGAUUAGUCCGGACAUGUUUAAAGAUUUAAUGUUUAUGGAAAAUGAUUGUCAUCCUCUACAGCUUUGUAACACAGGUUCAUUUCUCACUGAAAGUACACCUUCCAUAUAUUUGACAAAAUCUUUUGCAGGUGAUUCAUAUGGCGAAUCAUUAGAAAAUAAUGUUGAAACUUAUAUGGAAGGUUUUAACGAUAUUCAAAAAAAGAUUGAUCCAUUGAAGCCUAUAGGUUUAUGUGAUGAUAUUUUUGAAAUGAUAAAUAAAUUCACAUUUUCGCAAGAUAUACAGUUACAGGAAGGUCUAAUAGUUGUAGCUUCUUUUGUUGAUCGAUCACCAAAUUUAGGCGGCAUCGCUAGGACAUGCGAGAUAUUUGGAGUUAAAGCAUUAGUCGUUGCGAAUGCUGAUUGUGCAAAGGACAAGGAAUUUCAGUAUCUCAGUGUUUCUGCUGAUAAAUGGUUAAAUAUCCUACAGGUAAAGCCACAUGAAUUGCAGAAAUUCUUGUUAGACAGAAAGAAUACAGGAUGGUCUUUAAUUGGGGUAGAACAAACGGUCAAUAGUAUAAGUUUGAUGACGACAACAUUUGAAAAAAGAACCAUUCUUGUUUUAGGAAAUGAGAAGGAUGGUAUACCAGCUAAUUUUAUACCUCUCUUUGACAAAUGUGUAGAAAUACCUCAAAUUGGUGUAACACGAUCGUUAAAUGUCCACGUUACUGCCGCAAUUUGCAUAUGGCAAUAUGCAAACCAACAUGUGUUAAAAUAAUUUUUUACAUUUAUAAGAUACAAAAAAAGG